AUGGCACAGACCACGCCUAUUCAUCAACUUCAACAUCUCCAAGAUCCUAAUGUCAUUGUCACCAACAAAAACGGGACCGUCGUGGUUUACAGUCCACUCACUGGAAAUGAAAUUCCUCAAGGACUCGCAACCGAUGGCAGCGGUAGUGGAUUCUCACUGCCUGCUGUCUUGUGGAUUGCGUUUUCAUUCACAGUUGGCGUUCCGCUCAUGCUGGCCGGCUUUCGUGGCUGGCGCCUCACCACCGGUGCGGCCAUAGGCCUAUCUGUGGCUGUAACAUCAUGGUCCGUUUUUGUUAAUACAUUAGACAAUGUCGGUAUUUCGGACAUUACCUUGACAGCUCUAGUUCUUGUACUAUUUUGUUUUGGUUUUAUCUUCGGGCUUUUAGAAGUGGGUCGUAUGGUAGGGCUCCUCCAGUUAGGCAUACAGGGUGGCCUCGCCAUCGGGAUACGGAUAGUAUUACUACGUAACCUUCUAUUGGUACCCGAGCCUGCUGCGUUCUUCGUCAAUUGGCUACUCGUAGCAUUUUGUGGUCUCGCGAGUGCAGUACUUGUCAUUUGGAAACAGCGAGCUGGACUGCUUCUAGGAUCGGCAUCUGUCGGUACUUUCUUGUGCGUCCUGGGGACCGACUUGGCUGUUAAUCAGCAAUCUGGCAUGAGUCGGGGCCUCAGAUAUCUGAUUGACAGAAACAGUUAUCAUGUCGUGGACACCACGAGUAAUGGGUACUUUCCGCCCACGGGCACAUUGGUUAUGAUUGCGCUCUCCAUUGCACUGACACCUGCAUUCGCAUACGCCCAACAUAGGUUCUUUAAGGGUCCUUUCUGCCCAGUUCACGAUGACGAUAUCGAGUCCCUUCAUGCAUCAAACGAGUUUCCGCAUGACGAAGAACCUAAACCAUCAGGCGAAGAAACACUGUCUAGUUCGCCAAAUUCGUUACCUGUGUCGGCUUUGUCACAAUCGAUGCCUUUGCUUAAAGAUUGUUGCUCGAUACCUGCUGCCACGGAGAAAGUACGAACGACCGAAGGCGACGCAAUCGCGAACGACAGUUAA